CUCCUAUAUUCAAACACUACUUCAAAACCUCUAAAAACACUGACCAAGAAAGAUGAAGAAGAUGAAUGUGGUGGCUUUUGUGAUGAUCAUCUCUUAUCUUCUGCUUUCUCAGGCACUUGCAGAGUUAUCUUCAUCAUCAAGCAACGCUGCUGAAACAUCCUCUGCUUCUCAGUUUCAGACGAACGACGAGAACCAGACGGCAGCGUUUAAGAGAACACACCAUCGUCCACGCUUCAAUUGUGGGCAUGCAUGCGCAAGGAGAUGCAGUGAGACAUCGAGGAAGAAAGUGUGCUACAGAGCUUGUGGAAGUUGCUGUGCCAAGUGUCAGUGUGUGCCGCCGGGAACCUCCGGCAACACAGCAGCAUGUCCUUGCUAUGCCAAUCUACGUACUCAUGGCAAUAAACUCAAGUGUCCUUAAGACUUCAAAACUCUAAAUUAUAUGUGUUCAUUUUCUAAUUAUGUUACUUCUAUUGUUAUUAUUGCAUGUGUGAAGUGAGCUUUAUUUCCGUUAUGUUUACAUUAUACUAUUAUAGUAUUCAACUAAAAAGUUUGUAUCGAUUCUGAAUAAUAAAAUGAGUGAUUUUAUUGGUUA